AUGUUUGCCUUUAUAACGGUCAGCAUUGCACAGCUUAUUGCGUCCUGCGAGGGCAUGCUUUCUCCAGUUCAGAUAACGCCCGUUGAAGUAUGCGGGGCUCAAACGGAGGACCAUGCUGCCACUGCGGAACCUUGCAAACACCAUGCUGGCGACGUGGACCGCCUGAGAAGCCCACACUUUGCAAUGCAUGUGGCAGUCGCUAUCUGCUUCGAAGGCCAAGCUCAGCGCAUCUACAACGAGUACGAAGCCCUAGAAGCCUUGCGCUACUCUUAUUUCUGCCGCGGCCCGUCCAUCGGGCAAGGCGACGGCCUCGGUGCGACAGUCUCUGACUCUUCCGCGGAAGCUCAACACGAUGAGGACUGCUUUCGGAAGGAGGCCCACUACCUGGACGCAUCUUCCGAUGAGUACCAGGGCCCCAGCAAGUAA